AGGGUGAAUAAGUAAUGACUGAAUUUCCAUUUUUGGGUGAACGAUCCCCUUGAUGCCUUCAAAAUGUAAUAUAUUUGAAUAAAGUGAAAAAUAACAUAUAUUUUGUUCUGUUUCUUACAUAAAGCUAUCAUAAAACUCCAGAAGACUUUGUAUAUGCAGCACGAGUAGCAUCGACCACUUUUAUGAUGCUUUUUUGCCAUUUUUGAACGUACAGUUUUUUACGAUUGCUUAAGCACAAUUUUAAAUUCAAGGCUCGUUUCGUCAAAACACUACACACAAUUUACCCAUCCAUACACACAAAUAGCAGAACACCUCAGUUCUUUUGCAAAAUGAAACACUUCAUUCAAAACUUCACAAUAACAUGGCCCCAUUUUGACACCGUAUGGAACACACAUUGUUCAUACAACCUGAUUCUGUUUGAACCACUUACACACUGUGGUGCUCAAUCUUAAACACAUGUAACAUUUCUACAUUUUUCUAAUGAUAUACUGUAGUCUGGGUUUGAUUUUUUUCAGAAAUAUUGUUAGAGUACAGAACAUGAUUGACCAAACACAACACACAAGACCAGCACUGUACAUUGAUGAAAAUAUUUAUUUCUCUCCACAUUGUAAAAUCACUCAAUACAUCCAUGCAUUUCCAAAGGUUGCAUAUUGCACUGAAAAUCAGAACAUAUUCUAAAUGCAAUAUAGAACAUAAGCAACAAAAAGAUUUGUGGAGAGAAAAAGAAAGCAUAAAAAAAUAAACAAAACAAAAAAGACCCUCAACAUCAUCUCUUCGCUGCAUCUGGCCAUAGCACUUCGUCCACAUCCUCUCUUGCAAGACAGUGAGGGAAGAAUCUUCUUGAGUGGCGAAUCCAUCCUUGCACAGACCCAUGGCUUGAAUGAGGGAUAUCCUGACAUAGGGCUGGAGAUCGUAAACCAUCCAUUGCCAUGCCAAAAAAAAUCAAAAAUAAAUAAAUAAAAAGGGGGAAGGGAGAGUAUGGUGGGAGAUAUUGGAGUGAAAAUUGUGGACGCUUAUGAAACCAGUUUUGGACCACAGCAGAUCAGUGGAAAGAUACAUUAUCCCAGAUGACAAUGUAUCUCAUCUGCUCUGCAUCCAUUUGGUCUUCUGCUGUGACAAUAUUGUGUAGUCUGUCUAAAAAUGUGAAUAUGUGGGCCAUGUUGUAAGGAGGACCCCAUUCUGCAUGAUUGCAGCAUAUAUUGUGAUGUUACCACCACGUUGGCCCGGGACAUUCAAAAUAGCUCUGUGGCCAAUGAUGUUUCUCCCUCUCCCUCUUACUGCAACAUUGCCUUCCAUUUUUGAAGACACAUAAAUUCAUCUUUUGCCUUUUUAUAGUGCUUGCACCUGAUUGUUGAGUUAAAGUUAAGCACCUAAGUGUCUGCACACCUGAGGGCUGUGUUUGAUGAAUUGGUUUAUAGGGGUGGUAUUUUGGAAAGCAGUGUCUUGUAAUGGAAAAGAAGUGACAUCAUGUUAGAUUUCUGUGUCUAACGUAAAGAAGUGUGUUUAGUGUCUUGCAAAACACUGUGUGUAGUGUUUUGCAAAAAGUGUGAGGCUGAGAAUGUGCUUAUAUUUCUUCAGAUCUGGACUGAGGUUUUGCUCCUUGAAAGUGUGUGUUAUUUUUAAUUUUAGAGUGUAAGCAAUCGUAAAAAACUGUAAAAUGUUCAUUCCCCAAUUCAAUGUAAUUGCAUGGAAAAGAGCUAAUAGCACAGUCUUUAGAAUAUUUUCUUUGUGUUAACAGAAGAAAGAAAGUCAGUCAGGUUUGGAAGGACAUGAGAAUGAGUAAAUGACGACAGAACUGUAAUUUUUGGAUGAAUUAUCCUUUGUAAAAGUAUGCUUACUUUUACUUUUAUAUCCCUCACGUUCAGUUAGUAUAACUUCAGAAGAGUUUUUAGGCUAUAUAUGGUUAGCACUAUUACUGAAAACCCUAAAUGAGGUGACACCUGAAGUAUGUUGAACGUGAGAAUUUGCAGAUGAUCUCUCUCACAUCUAUGCUUUAACCCCACCUGAUUUUGCCAGGGACCCACAGGUCCUUAUCCAAGAACACAACUAGGUGACUAGGGCAACCAAGGUGCAAACCCAUCUCAAGAUGCCAUACCUUGUGCAUACAGUGCAGGUGUGAGUGUGGGAUUGCAGGAGAACAUGACAGGAACCUACACGAUUAAAACAGAACUGCAAAGCUCGCAUUUGGAUCAGUGCAGUAAGAAGUCUUACGCACUAGUUUGCUGCAGGUGGUUUUCAGCUGAUAGAAAAAGCAACAAGAUUCAGUGCAAAACAACAAAAGUUACUAUAGUUUCAAGCUGGUUUCAAGAUAGAGGAGAGAAAAAGCAGUGUUUCUGCUCAAAGCGUAUUUGAUCUCGACUGCUACAUUGUUGACAAAGCUGAAGUAUGCUUUGCUCCCAGGUGGAACUUCUCAGGAUGUUUUCCCAGUAAUGGAAGUGUCAGCCAUGCAAAGUCUGGAUGGCAUUUUUUGUGCUGACAAAUUCUUGAGGGACAUAACCUGCCCCCGAAAUGUCCUUGCAUUCUCCAACAAGGCUUUUGUUUCUCUGUGUGGGUUCUUUGCUCGGAGGGAGAGGGAAAAAUGGGCACUGGAAUGGUAAAGUAUCAGCUAGCAGCUGUUGCGUGAGUGACAAACUCAAGGGCUUGUGAUAUGAGAGGCACAGAGGAGAGGAAGACAGCAGUAGCUGUGCUGACCAACAUAAAAUGUGCUGGUGUGUUAAAGAAAAGACAGUACCUGUAAAGAGGUAUCUUGGAAACAAUAAUAUUUGCAUGCACUUAUGGGGAGAAUGGUCUUUGUGCACAGUGAGCCCCCGGUUUGACGGUUGUCUAUGAUGUUUAUAUGAGGAUUCGGGGGUCGGGAGUAUGAAUGCUGUAAUGAUGGCAGGGCGCUUUUGACAGGGAUCUACAUUGUCGAUUUAGACUAGACAGACUAUGUCUGAAGAAAAUGUCUGUCGUCACAUUGUCCAGGUUGGCUUUUGAUGUCUGAAAUGAUGAUGGGGUAAAAAUAACACAGAUUCCUCCAGUAAUUUAUUUUAAGUGAACCAAAGAAAGUUUUUUUCUAAUAGGAGAUAUGCCUAAGCUAUUUUGUGACUGCUGCUCUAUACAGUUAUUUCCUAAGGUCUGUUGCACCUGUUGUGGGUUUGUGCUAGUAAAUAAGAGAAAACUGAGAAGCAGUGUUACAAUAUCUCUUCCAGUGUGUCAACUAUGCUUAACUGUUAUUAACCAUUGGACACUACCUUUAUUUGACUAAACAAAGAAAUCUCCAGUCAACAAUAAGAUUAUUUUCCUUUUGAUUAAAGUAAUGAGAUAAACGUGAGUUUUAAAGAGUUUGUGAGGCUCUUGCAUCCUAAUGAAUGUGUUAGGCAGCAUAAAACAUUUUACAGUUCAGGUCUUUUAGCCAAGCAAAUUAAUUGGUUAUAAAAAGUCAUACAGAGGAAUUAAUUGAGAAUCAUUAUAAAUUUGUAUUAAAUAUUUACACAUAUCUCUUUACUUACACCCCCAAGCUUUUACAACCAUAAAAUAAAUAAUAGCCUUUUUUUAAAUUAAUUAAUAUUUGGAGUAAGUUUUAUAUGCUGGGCAUAUUGAGGUAAGAUAAAUUAAUGACAUGUGUUGAUAAUUUAAUGGAGAGAUUUGUUUCUCAUAGUUGGAUGAAGUUGUUAUUUAUAUAUAUAUGUAUAAUUUUUUUAUUCAGUUCUGUGUAAACUCUUUAAUUUUUUUGUUCAAACAAAGAUGAAGAAAUUUUCACUCUUGUUUUUGUUUUUGUCAACAGCAGGUUCAGCCAGUUGCCAUUUACAAUAAUUGCAAACUAUAUAAAUUAAUGAAGCAUAUCAAAUAUUUUUGUGAUGGCUAAGUGCUCUUGUUUUUAUUCAGUAAGGACAUCUGCAGUUGCUCAACCACAACAUUAUAACUGUGAGAAAUCUGUUAUUUUGUUAUUCUCUUUCUGUGCCUUUUAACUAGGAAUUUAACUUUUAUUUUUGUUGUUAAUGUUAAAGACAUUUGCUGCUUGAUGAUUUUUGUUAAAAAUGUUAAAAAUGCAUGUAUUUUAUAAACAUACAAGCCUGUUCUGUGUUCACCUGCUUAUUCCAAAAUAUAUGAUUCUCCAAGAAAUAAAUUUACUUUGUUCAGAGAAAUAAGGAAUUUGAUAAUAUUUGUAGUAAUUUAAUAAUAUACAAAAUUGUGAUUUAUGAUGAUGAACCUUAUAAAAAUAUUUUCUCCCUUUGUUGUUUAACUGUUCAAUUAAGCAGAAUUAAACAAUAAUGCAAAUACAGAAUUGUUUGUAAUUGUAAGUAAAAAAAACAAUACUGAAAUUAAAUAAAGAAUUAACUGAAGGUGGAGAAUAUUUUUGUAAAUAAUAUAGUACGAUACAAAAGUGUAAAAUUGUAUUUGUAACAUUAGUUAGCACAAAGAUUGUUUUAUUCAUUUAUGUUUGAUAAUAAUAAACAAACAUGUUUUAAACAUGUUUACAGAAAGAUCUUCCUCUUAAAAUAUUUUUUAGAAAAAUUGAAUAAUUUAGUUGUGGCUUGUACAUUAUUAUUUUUAAUAAAUGUCUUUUGUUUUGCAGACAUAUUCUUCUAGAAAAAAAUAUUUAUAGUAAUCUAGAAUAAUUUCUUAUUAAUUGUGGCUUUUUGCAACAAUGCUUUCACAUGAAGGAAGUGUUUGUUCAGUGCUGUAGAUUAUUGCUGUAAUGCUUAAGACUGAUAUCUGAGUUUAACUGAAGAGAUGAUUGUAAAUGAGCAAACAUUUGUGUCUCAACAUUAGUUUUCUUAUUAUCCUAUUGGAUGCUUGUUUCAUAUAACUGUGAUAUUUAUGUGUUUAAAUGAAUAUUAUGUUAUAUAUAUAUAUAUAUAUAUAUAUAUAUAAUCAGAUAUACAUAUUUAAUCUGAUCAUUACACCUUUAAUUUGAGGAAUAUAACUGUCCUUAUUUUAGAGUUUGCUUUGUCUUAAUGUGUGAUAAUGACCACACAGAAAGACUUCCUUGAUUUAUGGAAGCCUAAAACUUAAGCUCUUUGAGUUUCCAUGGAAGAAAACACAUAGGGUAAUGUGUGAAAAACUUAAUUGUAAAAUCAGCUAUAAUAUUUGGAGGGUCUGGCAAAACUUUCUUUGGGUGUGUCUUCACGGAUAUCGCGCUAAUUGCAGGCAUCCGGGAAAUAGCACGAGCUACUCUUACUAGCCCAGUAAGAACUGCUUUUGUGUGACGUCAUUAUUCCGCGAAAAAACAGCAUGGUCAGGUUAGAAUAUAGAGGCGUGAACCACAGACAGCCAUUAGAAUCAGACCUGAGUUGACUUUUUUGGAUGUUUAUUUGAGAGGGGCUGUGUGAUGUUCUGUCGUGUCUUUUUGUUUAAGACUGUUUGUUUACUGUGAUGGAUAUAUCCCGACGUUUAAAAGAUGCUCAUAUUACAGUUGACUGCGUAAAAAAAAAAGAAAAAAAAAAGAAAAAUAAUUAUAUAUAAUAUAUAUAGGCUAUAUAAAAAUGUUUGGCUGCUUGCAUGCCUUGAAAUGAGCUCAAAGGAAACUAUAGGCGUUGAUUUAUAGAUGGUUUGAAUUACACAUUACUUAAUGGGGGAGUCAUAACGUUGCUGACAUAGAGGGAUAUUUAUAUAUUUUAUAAAUGUUUAUGUGUAUUUUAUGCUAAUAAGAAAAAAAUCUUAUAAAAGCAACUUUAAUGUGACGUUUUUUUCAAACAGGUACGUUUAAAACAAACAAACAAAAAAAAACUAAAACGUUCUAAUAAUAAAUAGCCUAUUUGAGUAAUUUAUUAGUUAUUGUUUUAUUUAAAAAGAACAUUUGAAUGAUAUAAGAGUUUGAAUGCGCCAGAAAAGGAAAGCUUUGUAUCGUUAAAAAGAAAAAGGAUGCAUCCUUGAUGUUAUAAUGACUCGUAGUGCCCAUUGUUUGAAGCCAUUAAUGCAGCAUUUGGAUGUCUGAAACCUACUCAUGAUGCCCUGCAUUAGCGAAAUUUCACGUGUCGGCUGCGUGUGGGCAACACUGCAGUUUAAAUAACGCGCAUGUUUUAACAAGGAAAUGAAAUGACCAGAUGUUUCAGCAUUUGACUAAUUGGAAUUGCUUAAUUAUCCCUAAAUUCCAUACUGUCGCUGAAAGAAAUCAUUUUUGCAUGCUCUGUCAAUUUAAAUUCAUAUAGGUUAAGUAAUUUAAUAAAAAUAUAGACUUAUUAGCAGACUGACUUUGAAAAUAAUAGAAUAGGCUAUAUUUUUAUUCAAUGUUUUUGCCACUUAAGCAUUAAUUGUAAUCAUUUUAUCAUCUGUAUCACUUUAUCUUACAGGAUACGGUUUUUAUAAUGAAAAUAUCUUUUGAGUUUCUCAAAGCAUCACUCUGAGGGCUGCAGAUAUUGCUGUCGCUCUGCAAUAUUUGUGUAAAUUUAUUUAUGACAUUGCACGUGGCAGACUCUGAGGAGUAGAAACGUUCAUCAGGUGAUCAGCAAAAUAGAUUAGGUUCUUCCUGGCACUUUAGAAUGUGAACUUCCACAGACAAAGUCUGCCCAGUAACAAUCCGAAAGCCUCAGAAGGGCGCAGAAGAACUAUUGGCUAUGCACAUUGUCAAAAGGGGAGGAAACAAUCUACAGCGAGAGAGGAAAAAAAAAAAAAGUUUUAAAGAGACAUUUCCUAUCACAUUUAAAAGUGUUGAAACGAAGCAACUGUUGCAAAAGCAACAUAGCUGCGGUCUGUUGAGUUCUUCAGAAUCACUGUUAGAGGCUGGAGAACCUCGAGAUGCACCGUGAUCAAUUACUCACUAUAGAUGUUCUCUAGAAUGUCUUUGAAGACACAUUAACGCUAUUUAAUACUGAUUUCCCUAUUAUAAGAAAUGUUGAACUGCUUUGACUCCGAUUUGCAGCUUAAGUGACUUUCUGAAUGAGUUUGUGCGUUAUGCAUGUUGAAAUCCGUCACCUGCACAGCAGAUCACAAUUUUGGAAAGCUCACAUCUCCUUUUGAGGCUUGGCUUUUUGAUCCUAAAUUGAGACGAUACAAUGCUUUAUAUAACACACUGGGGGCAGCUCAAGAGAAUAACUAUCAUUCAGCUGCUAUCUCUAACGAGCGUGCCUUGCUUCAUGCUUUCGCUGCAUUUCCUAGAAAGCUAUCUCGUUGACCACAGGCGUUGCAUGUAAGAUAGCUGUAUUUCGACUUUGUGAUGACUAUGUGGCAUUUUAGUGUCCUUAAAGUCAAAAAGAAAGGUUUAUUGGUCUAAUUUGCGCAAAUGUCUGCUUGGCACAACUAUAUUGGUCAACUAGGAUAUGCAUAUUAUAUGCAUAUUAUUUGAUACUAAAUAACAUCAUAAAAACCCCAAACCACUUUUUUAGAACACUUUGAGAUGGGCUACUAUAUAUAAGUUGAAUGUUGGGUUGGGUACACUGUGUUUAUGUCUAUGUUUAUGUUUAUGUUUACCCAGCGUCGUUAAAGUAGUUGCGCAUUAAUAGGUGAGUGCAUGAUCCAUAAAUAUAUCAGCCAAUAUUGCAAAUCUUGACCAUCUUGCGGGGGCUAUUGAUAACCAGAGCAAGAGGGCUGGAAAAGAAGAGGAAGACCGAGCAUGUUGCGUCUGGCCAAUAAUAAGAUGACGCUUGCGUCACGCAGCCUUACAUCUGCAGACCUCAAAUGUUGCAGAGAGAGGAGCAGAGCAGAGAGAGACUAGUGGGGAAAAGUUUGCAACAGGAUCAGGACUAACCUGGACAGCCUUGUAGACUGGUUUUAUGUGCCUGAGAAGUCCUUUCUGCUCUUUUUGACAUUUCGCAACCAUUGUAUUUGACUGUUUGUAGGCUUAUUUGAGAUCGAAAAGGACUGUAACAAUCAUGGAACUGCUUUGUCUCGAGAUGGACACCAUUGUAAGAGCCCGUCCUGACCCGAAUCUUCUAUAUGAUGACAGGGUACUACAAAGCUUGUUGACCAUCGAAGAGAGGUUUCUUCCCCAGUGUUCAUAUUUUAAAUGCGUUCAGAAAGAUAUUCAGCCCUUUAUGCGGAGGAUGGUGGCGACUUGGAUGUUGGAGGUCUGCGAGGAACAGAAAUGCGAGGAAGAAGUUUUUCCACUGGCUAUGAACUACUUGGACCGAUUUUUAGCGGUGGUACCAACAAGAAAAUGUAACUUGCAGUUGCUCGGCGCUGUGUGCAUGUUUCUUGCGUCUAAAUUGAAAGAGACGCGUCCAUUAACUGCAGAGAAGCUGUGCAUCUACACUGAUAACUCAAUCAGACCGCAGGAACUGCUGGAAUGGGAGCUGGUUGUCCUGGGCAAAUUGAAGUGGAAUCUGGCUGCUGUCACUCCCAAUGACUUUAUUGAGCACAUUAUGAGGAAACUUCCGCUGCCUGAGGAUAAGCUGGACCUGAUCCGUAAACAUGUGCAGACUUUCAUCGCCCUUUGUGCAACAGAUUUCAACUUUGCUAUGCACCCUCCAUCCAUGAUUGCAACGGGAAGCGUGGCAGCAGCUAUCUGUGGCCUGCAGCUUAACAGCACUAACCGCUCACUGUGGGGAGACAACCUAACAGAGUUACUCGCCAAGAUCACAAACACAGAAGUUGAUCUGUUAAAGGCAUGCCAGGAGCAGAUUGAAAGAGUGUUGAUGAAUAACCUGAGGGAGGGCCGCCGGCAGCAGCAGAAACAGCAGCAGCAGGAACAGGGUGGCCCACGCAGCAAAGCACUUGAUGACCAAGACCAGUCCAGCACCCCAACCGAUGUACGAGACAUCAACUUGUGAGCUUGCUGCAGGAAUGCUGUGAUCUGUCUUCAAGAGAAAAAAAAGAAAAAAACAACAAAAAACAAAAAUGACAAAAAACAAACAACCCCAACAAAAAGUGCUUGCUAGUCUUUGUAGAGUUUUAUCUUCAUUUUCCAGUAAAAAUUGCUCCCAUAAAUGAAAAAAAAAAAUAAAAAAAUCAAAGCUAUUUUAGAUACAAAAAAUAGAUAUUUUUAAAAUGAUUUGAUACUGAUGCAAAAAGCUCUACGGUGCCUCAGACUCUUAGAAGGGAAGCGUGUAGUAUUUUGCAAACUCUUUUGAUUGUGUAAACAUAAUAAUAUGAUAUUUAAUGCAAAAGUGUUAGUGUAAAGGGCUUUUCAAAAUAGAGAGUCUACUGUAUCAGACUGGCUUGAAAGGGUACAAAAAGUGGGGCUAUGUUUUUUUUCCUGUUUUGUUGUGAUUUUUUUUUUUUUUUUUUUAAUUUUUGGUUCAUGUUGGAAUGCCUGAACUUGAACACACAAUGAGGUGCCAUGAGUAUGAAUGGACGCACCCAUUCACUUGGCUGUGCAUUAGGACCAGAAAGAGGGAUUUAAAAAGGAGUGGUGAGACACAAGUCUUAUGCUAAGAAUGCAGUGCUCUUUUGCUAGGGCAACAGGGGCUUAUAUCUUGAGAAUAGACUUUUAAUAUUAUUUUUAUUAUGAUUAUUAUUAUUAUUUCUGUUAAACAAGCAAGUUAUUGUCUCUCAAUUCUAAAGUUACAGACACUUCAAAUAAGCUUUUGUCAAGCUGCUUGUGUGCAUGCAUUUAUGUGUGGUGUAUGUUGGCUCAUGUGCAAGUGUGUACAAGUUACUCUAUAUCAAGCACUCUUGUGUGAGUCAUGUGGGCUUUGUUUAAUCAUCUAUCUGCAAGUGUUUGGUUAUAGAGACUGGUUCAGUGGUGGGCACAUGGUCAAAGGACUGGACAGGGGAUAGUACAUGGUUCCACAAUGCUUGGAGGGCCUCCUGAAUCAGUGCCUUAUAUUAAAUGCUUUUUUUACUGGCCUGGAAACUGCUUGAGGGCUGAGCCCAACCCAGUGCACAGAACAAGAGGAGGCAAGAACAGGGAGCGGACAGAGACGACUACGUUCCCUUGUAUCUUCUAAAGGCAAGAAGAGUUGUUUUUAAAAUAUGUGGGUAAGGUUGUCCUUCAUGGCAACCUUCCACUAAAUAUUACAGAUGUAUUGUAUACAGACAGUUUAUUACGUUAUUACGUAUUUUGUUGUGAGCAUGUUGAAGGAGCCUUAGGCUGAUUUAUGGUUGGUCCCAUCAGGGACUGAAAAAUGAGUUGUGGAGUUGUUUGCAAACAAAUGUGUGCUAUUGCUGUUAGCAGUAAAGGAAUGUGUAGGCAAGAAUGAUCGAGGAUGAUGAUGAUGAAACUUGGUUGGUUUGAGGUGUGAAGCAUGCUGCUGAGAUGAGGAUGCUUCUAUGGAGUUAGGAGAAGCAGGAAAGGAGGCCAAAGGAGAAACAACAGCUAUGGUUUCCAUAUAUCACCUGAUAUUUAAGAUCUUUAAUCUAUUUGUCUGUUUAUUUGUUUGUCCUUUAGUUUUUUAUGUCUCAUGUUUGAAUUACAGACCAGUAUCUAAACCAGUUCCGUUGAUAUUGCUAGCGCAUAACUGGGGAAGGUUACUCCAUCGGUUUCAGUUCAGAGAGCAUGUCUGCCAUGGAUAACAAAUGGUUAAGGUUAAGGAGUCUUUUUCUUUUCUUUUUUUUUUUUUUUUGGGCUGGUUUCCCAUGUUUAGUUCAUGGCAUGUUCAGUUCAUUAUAGCAUUGAAAACCAAUGUAUAACAAGCAACAAUAAUUAAAUAAUAUUAAUGCAAAUGUAAAAAAAUAAAUAAAAAAAGACCAAAAAACAGACAACAGAAAGACAGAAAACAGAUUGAAAUGGAAGAAUUUUUUUUUUGUUGAUUUGCACGCUCCAAGGGCAGUUUUCAAUUUGAAAAGACUUGUGCAACUGCAACAUUGCAGAAAAAAUGUUAUGUAGUGCCUUGAGUCUGAUGUAGACUUUCACCCUGUUUUGCCGAGCUUAAGCAUAAGAUCCACUACCCAGCCAUCCAGAAUAUGCUGCUUCCAAAGGUUGAACUGGCAUGGGGUUUGAAAACUUCCACAAGUCAUUACACAGUGGCUAAAAACAGGGUGCAUCAGCAGCACAAAACGGCUUUCAUAUGCUGAAUUCUCAUAGCUUACCUUGAAAAGGGGCAGUCGAGCUUAGGUUUGUGUCCGUCUAUGUAUGCGUGUGUGUUUGUGUGCAUGUCUUUCUGUGGGUAAAGGAGAUGUUUAUGUGUACUCAUGCAUUUCCUUUCUCCAGAAACAGUUCUUAGUGAUGUUUGAGUUUCACAAGUCACAUUUCCUCCAUCCUCACACCAAAACCCCCGGGUCAAUCUUAUUGUAUUAAGUUAGCUUGUCUUAUUAUUUUCUUAGCUCUGUUCUGAAAAUGAAUUACAGUACUGUUAAUAGAUUGUAUGGGUGGCUAAGUGGUUUGAGUUUAAAUAUGGACCGAAGUUACGUUCCUUAAGGGGUAUGAUACUGUAUUCCAAAGUGAUGAGAGAUGGAAAGAGUGUGAAGACAUCAAUCAAGUGUCAAUAUUGUUGAGUUGUUAUUGUUUUUUUCCGCUGCUAAAAAGCUAUGAUUUUUUUUGUUUCAUCUUAUACACAAAAAUAACAUUACAUAGUUGUGAUGUCACAUCAGUGUGCUGCUAUUUUAUAAACAAUUGUAUUAUAAUUAUUUUACUGCUUACAGAAUACUUUGAGAAUACAGAAGUAGAGGGUAAAAGAAGAACAUGAAUUGAGUAUUCGACUGGAAAUGCUCUUUGUACAGUGUGCUCUUAUUAAGGCAUGUUUCUUUACCUUUUAAUCUUUUUUCCUCCUCUUCUUUCUCUGUCACAUUCUGUAAGUGUGGUAUCUCUAUACCUCAGGUUUACUGGACAUAAAAGACUUUCCCAUUACCUCGCACAACUCACAACAGUUUUUUCGGGAACCUGGAAAGGGCAGCACAAAUAAGAGGUUAUGAUAUUUCUGCUGUGUCCGAUGUAGUAAAUUAAGUGGAAUUUAAUUUCCAAAGUAGAUGAAUAGCAAGCUUACAAGGCUCCCACCUGGACUUCAGAAAUAGUAGACGGAGGAGGUGAUGAACGUUUGGCUGUGUCUUAUGUACACGGCCCAUAUCAGUGGAAAUAAACCUGUAAAUAUCAAAUAAGCAACAACAUUGAGAAAAGCCCUCCUCCCUCCACUAUAACCAUAUCAUGUACCUCAGUUAUGUCUGUUGCACAACCUCUGUUCAAUAAAUCUGCUUUAAAGAGUGUGGUGCUAUGUUAUUGUUCCCUUUUAUUGGCAAAGUUAACAGUGAAAAUAACAAUGGGAACCCAUCCAGCAUGUUAUAACCUGGUAAAGAAUGACUGUAAAGACAGUGUUGAUAAUCAGACACAGGCCAGAUGGAAAAUGACACAUUUCAAAAAUAAAGCAGAGGUUGAACUUUUCUGUUCAGCAGUGUUUCCUUCCAGAAUUAUCCGCUAAAGAAUUACAACUAAAUGAGGAGUUCAUUAGGGUUUAGCAACUCUGUGGAUAUUCUUUGGAUUUCUGUUGAACUCAAAUAAUUUGUCAUUGAGAGCAUGAAUGAAGUUAAAGGAGAGGACAUGCUGUAUGCUAAGGUCAAUAAACUUACAAUGAAAUAAG